AUAUUAUUUAUUGUGAAAAUAAUGUCAGAUCCAAAUAAUAAGCCGGAAAUAUCACAAGUACAAAAUUGGAAAGAAUAUAAUCGAUUGCAAAAAGAACAUAGAAAGCAAUGGAAAGAGGAGAGGUUAAUAAAAAAAUUAAAAAAAGAAGAAAAGAAAAAUGAAAUUGAAAAUGAGACGAAAAAAGAAGAUACUGAAAAGAAAGUUAACAUAAAUAAUGCUUCUACGAUAACUAUUGCAGUACCUGGCUCUAUUUUAGAUAAUGCACAAUCUGUUGAAUUGAGAACAUAUCUUGCAGGACAAAUAGCACGUGCAGCAUGUAUUUACAAAGUUGAUGAGAUAGUUGUUUUUGAUGACAAAGGUGAGAUCACUGAAAAUGAGAAGAAGAAAAUUAGAGUAGACGAUAUUCUAGGCGAAGGGAGAAUUUGUUGUUUACAAUUAGUCAGAAUAUUACAAUACUUGGAGUGUCCACAAUAUCUGAGGAAACAUUUCUUCCCAAUCCAUAAGGAUUUACAGUAUGCGGGUUUAUUGAAUCCUUUGGAUGCUCCCCAUCACCUCAGACAACAAGAUAUAUCGCUUUACCGUGAGGGUGUAGUUAGUAAUAAACCAGUGAAACCUGGGAAAGGUUCCCAUGUGAAUGUAGGACUUCUCAACGAUGUUAGAGUGGAUAAAGAAUUGAUGCCUGGAUUAAGAGUUACCGUUAAAAUACCACCAGAACAACCAAAUCCGAAGAAAAUGAAAGGAAUAAUAGUAUCUCCGACAGAGCCAAAAUUAGAGACAGGAAUAUAUUGGGGAUACAAUGUUAAAUUAGCUAAGAAUCUGUCAGAAGUGUUUACAAAAUGUUCUUAUAAGGAAGGAUACGAUUUGACUAUUGGUACUUCUGAUAAAGGAACAUCCAUUGAUGAUAUACCAGAAAAAAGUUUAAAGUAUGACCACGCUUUAAUAGUUUUUGGAGGAUUAUCAGGAUUAGAAACUGCACUAGAAGUUGAUCCGUAUUUGCCAAAUGAAGAUCCAUCAUCUGUGUUUCAUAAAUAUUUAAAUGUAUGUCCCCAACAAGGAUCGAGAACUAUUAGAACAGAAGAAGCUCUUUUACUUUCUCUUGCAGAACUGAGAACUAAAUUACUCCCAAAAAAUCCUGUACUACCAAAUGCUCAAUUUGAUAGCUUUGCUAAAGAUUGAAUAACAUUGAUAUUUAUAUUAUAGUUGUAACAAAAUGUAAUAUGCGAAAUGUUUUCAUUAUUUCAUUAAAGUGUCGUU